AUGAGCCCGGAAGCACCGCACCGUGGUGGCGCUCAGUAUUUUGAAUAUUUCAGGUACCAGAUCCUCUCGCCGCUGCCGUUCUACCACCACGUGCGGCGGGUGAUCACCCGACGAGACCUGGCGAUCUUCGCCUCGAAGCGGGAGCUUUUGCACUACUCGGAGCGCUUCCGGGCGGCGACCAACAGCUCGCGGCGGAUGUUCGUGCUCCCGGUCUGCGUGACGCGCUCCUACUCCUCCCCCUUCAUCUUCCGCGCCGGCUCCCCCUUCCUCAAGCCCGUCAACGACGUCCUCUGGCGCCUCAUCGAGACCGGCAUCACCCUCAAGUGGGAUGACGUCAACAUGGACCAGGAGCUCUCUCAAGAUCGCGUAUUUGCCCAAGACACAGUGCUGACACUGAGACAUUUGUACGGUGCUUACGUCAUCUUCUUCAGUGGUUGCGUUCUAGCAUCUCUCGUGUUCUUUAUCGAGAUGCUCUCAGGCAGAUCCUCUGACUUCUCGAAAGAUAUCACCCAGAAUGUGAGAAAAUUGCAAGAUGAAAUGAUAUACCCGUACAUAAAUUGAUUAUAUUUUUAGAGAGAAGUUUUGGUACGUUUCCAGAAUUUGCACUGGAAAAAAACACAUUGGAUCUAGAGUCCAGACUUUUGAAAACAUUGACAAGAAAAAAUACUCUUGAUUCAAUCAGAUUUUUGUUGGAAA